GAAACUGUAACCUUAAGAAAACGACAAACAACCUCAAAUAACUUCAAGGUCGACAGUUUGCACCAAAACAAGAUAUUCAUCGACAUUGAAUGUCGCAGGUUCUAAAAUCUGCUCGAACGGGGACAUCAUACUGGGCAAGAAAUGUCGUUUAUGCCGACCGCAGUGUUAUCGUCUUGAACAAACCCGCAGGACUUAUCUGCCAAGGUUCCGACCCUUCCUCCGAAAACAAGCCUCGAGAAUUUGACAAAUUCAAUGGCUUACUUCGUGACGUAAAAGAGUCUUUUGGAUUGGAGAGCCUGCCGUACCCUGUCCACCGCCUUGAUAAGGCUACCACAGGGACACUGUUGUUAGCGCGUAACUCCCCAGCUGCCCGUCAGUUCUCACAACAAUUUCAGUCACGAGUAGUAGAGAAAACAUACUUGGCUCUUGUGCGUGGAGGAGAGAAGUCCUUCCCCGCGCGCAGUGGAGAGAUUCGAGACGCCCUGGAAUUUAGCGAUGGACGCGUGUCUAUAGGCGAGAGCUGUGCUGCCAAGUUUGCAGCCACCGAUUGGGAACUUCUUGCGUCGUCUCCCACAGCACCGCUGUCGUUGCUCAAGCUAACUCUACACACAGGACUGAAACAUCAGCUCCGCGUUCACCUGGCACAUUCCUUGCACACGCCUAUACUGGGCGAUAACCUAUAUGCGAGGAGCAGCAUUUCCGAGAAAAUUGCCAAGAUCACUCGACUGCCCGAGAACAGGAUGUUUUUACACGCUGCGCAGUUGACGCUCUCGAGGUACAGAAAGUCAGGACCCAGCAAGCACUUCCGACUCAGGAUCGGAGCUCCUAUACCCAGGGACUUCCUCGCGAUAUGUAGAGAUGCAGGGAUCUCGUUGGACCAUAUAUAUGUUGACGGCGGCCUAUCCGUUGAUGGUCAACAUGUUGAUGACGUUCCAGAUCUUGAAGGCCGAUGGCUGCGAAAACCCCCAGUACAGCGCUCAUAAUCGCCGGCGGAAUAGAUCGUCAGCUGCAUGAUAUGCACUUGAUUGGAAACUACGUGCUAGACCGGUGACUGGGGCUACAAGAGACACUACCUUUCAUCUUACCUUAUUGGAAGGCUUGUUGGUUGGUGGAACUCGAUGCUUGACAAAGCGUGCUACAUUCAUCAUAAGUUCACUAUUUAUAUCGUCGAAGAGGAAUUUACCGAUCAUUGACCUCGUAAUGUUCUUACUGUAGCCGCGAAAUUUCAGUGAACUCCACAAGCAAUAUUAAUUGCUCCCCCUUGAUCUCGG